AUGUCCUGUCGGUUACGACUUCCGAAUACACCGACAGCACCUGUGGAAAGGGGUAAAACCGACCCCUCCCCCCCCAAUGAGGUCGUAUCAUUUUAUGUCCUAGAAACCACCCGUUGCUUUCCUCUGUUCCUCUUUCCUCUAUCUGACCCUGUAUCAUUUUAUGUCCUAGAAACCACCCGUUGCUUUCCUCUGUUACUCUUGCCCUCUCUCUGUCCCGUAUCAUUUUAUGUCCUAGAAACCACCCGUUACUUUCCUCUGUUCCUCUUGCCCUCUCUCUGUCCCGUAGGUAUCAUUUUAUGUCCUAGAAACCACCCGUUGCUUUCCUCUGUUCUUCUUGCCCUCUCUCUGUCCCGUAUCAUUUUAUGUCCUAGAAACCACCGUUGCAUUCCUCUUGUCCUCUUGCCCUCUAUAUGUCCCGUAGGUAACAUUUUAUGUCCUAGAAAUCACCCAUUGCUUUCCUCUGUUCCUCUUGCCCUCUCUCUGUCCCGUAGAAACCAGCCGUUGCUUUCCCUCUGUUCCUAUCUUGCCUCUAUCUGUCCUAGUAGAAACCCCCGUUGCUUUCCCUGGUAUCCUUCAUGUCCUAGAAACCACCUGUUAUCUGUUCCCUCUAUCUGUCCUAAACCACCCGUUGCUUUCCUCUGUUCUCUUGCACCCUAUCUGUCCUGUAGGUAUCAUUUUUAUGUCCUAGAAAUCACCCAUUGCUUUCCUCUGUUCCUCUUGCCCUCUCUCUGUCCCGUAACAUUUUAUGUCCUAGAAAUCACCCAUUGCUUUCCUCUGUUCCUCUUGCCCUCUCUCUGUCCCGUAGGUAUCAUUUUAUGUCCUAGAAACCAGCCGUUGCUUUCCUCUGUUGCUCUUGCCCUCUCUCUGUCCCGUAUCAUUUUAUGUCCUAGAAACCACCCGUUGCUUUCCUCUGUUACUCUUGCCCUCUCUCUGUCCCGUAGGUAUCAUUUUAUGUCCGGGAGAAAUCACCCAUUGCUUUCCUCUGUUCCUCUUGUUUCUCUCUGUCCUGUAGAAACCACCCGUUCCUUUCCUCUGUUCCUCUUGCCCUCUCUCUGUCCCGUAGGUAUCAUUUUAUGUCCUAGAAACCACCUGUUGCUUUCUCUCUGUUCUUCUUGCCUCUCUCUGUCCUGUAGAAACCACCUGUUGCUUUCCUCUGUUCAUCUUGUUCUCUAUCUGUCCCGUAGGUAUCAUUUAUGUCCUAGAAGGCAAUCGUUAAUUUCCUCUGUUGCUCUUGCCCUCUAUCUGUCCCUAGGUAUCAUUUUAUGUCCUAGAAAUCACCCAUUGCUUUCCUCUGUUCCUCUUGCCCUCUCUCUGUCCCGUAUCAUUUUAUGUCCUAGAAAUCACCCAUUGCUUUCCUCUGUUCCUCUUGCCCUCUCUCUGUCCCGUAGGUAUCAUUUAUGUCCUAGAAAAACCACCUGUUGCUUUCCUCUGUUCCUCUUGCCUCUAUCUGUCCCAGUAGGUAUCAUUUUAUGUCCUAGAAGGCAAUCGUUAAUUUCCUCUGUUGUUGCUCUUGCCCUCUAUCUGUCCCAAACCACCUGUUGCUUUCCUCUGUUCAUCUUGCCUCUCUCUCUGUCCUGUAGGUAUCAUUUUAUGUCCAGAAACCACCUGUUGCUUUCUCUGUUCAUCUUGAACUCUAUCUGUCCCUGUAGGUGCCUAUUUUUAUGUCCCAGAAACCACCUGUUGCUUUCUCUGUUCCUCUUUCCCUCUAUCUGUCUAAAACCAGGUAUCAUUUUAUGUUCUAGAAACCACUGUCCAUUAGGUUUCCUCUGUUCCACUUGCCCUCUCUCUCUAUGUCCUGUAGGUAUCAUUUUAUGUCCUAGAAAACCAGCGUUCAUUUUAUUUUCCUCUGUUGCUCUUGCCUCUCUCUGUCCUGUAGUAUCAUUUUAUGUCCUCGAAACUACCCGUCGCUUUCCUCUGUUCCUCUUGCCCUCUCUCUGUCUCGUAGGUAUCAUUUUAUGUCCUAGAAACCACCCGUUGCUUUCCUCUAUUCCUCUUGCCCUCUCUCUGUCCCGUAGGUAUCAUUUUAUGUCCCUAGAAACCACCGUUGAUUUCCUCUGUUUAUCUUCUGUCCUCUCUCUGUACCGUAGAAAACCACCGUUGCUUCUCCUGUUCCACUCCUCCUAUCUGUCCCAGGUAUCAUUUUAUGUCCUAGAAACCACCUGUUGCUUUCUCCUCUGCCCUCUGCACCUCUACAUGUCCUGUAGAAACCACCGUUGCUUUCCUCUGUUCCUCUUGCCUCUAUCUGUCUGUAGGUAUCAUUUUUAUGUCCUAGAAACCACCCAUUGCUUUCUCUGUUCCUCUUGCCCUCUAUCUGUCCCUGUAGGUAUCAUUUUAUGUCCUAGAAACCAGCCAUUGCUUUCUCCUGUUCCUCUUGCCCUCUUUCUGUCCCGUAGGUAUCAUUUUAUGUCCCAGAAACCACCGUUGCUUUCCUCUAUUUCUCUUGCCCUAUCUGUCCCUAAGCCAACUGUUCUUUCCUCCUCCGUUGCUCUUGCCCUAUCUAUCUGUCCAGUAGGUAUCAUUUUAUGUCCUAGAAACCACCGUUCCUUUCCUCUGUUCCUCUUGCCCUGUCCUGUCAUGGUAUCAUUUUAUGUCCUAAAACCACCCUGUUUUUCAUCUAUUCCUCUUCUCCUCUCUGUCCUGUAUCAUUUAUGUCCUAGAAACCACCCUUUGCUUUCCUCUGUUCCUCUUUACCCCUCUAUCUGUCCCGUAUCAUUUUUAUGUCCUAGAAACCACCUUUGCUUCCUCUGUUCCUCUUGCCCUAUCUGUCCAGUAGGUAUCAUUUUAUGUCCUAGAAAUCACCCAUUCCUUUCCUCUAUUCCUCUUGCCCUCUCUCUCUGUCCCGUAGGUAUCAUUUAUGUCCUAGAAAUCACCCAUUACUUUUCCUCUAUUCCUCUUGCCCUCUCUCUGUCCCGUAGGUAUCAUUUUAUGUCCCAGAAACCACCUGUUGCUUUCCUCUGUUCCUUGCCCUCUCCCCUGUCCGUAGGAAAAAACCUGUUGCUUUCUCUGUUCUCUUGCCCUCUAUCUGUCCCGUAUCAUUUUUAUGUCCUGAAACCACCUUUGCUUUCCUCUUUCCUCUUGCCUCUAUAUGUCCCUGUAGGUAUCAUUUUAUGUCCUAGAAAUCACCCAUUGCUUCCCUCUGUUCCUCUUGCCCCUCUCUGUCCUGUAGGUAUCAUUUUAUGUCUAGAAACCACCCGUUGCUUUCCUCUAUUCCUUUGCCCCCUCUAUCUGUCCUUGCAGAAACCACCCGUUGCUUUUCCUCUGUUCUCUUCCCCCUCUAUCUGUCCCAUAGGCCUCAUUUUAUGUCCUAGAAGGCACCCGUUCUUUCCUCUGUUCCUCGCCUCUCUCUCUGUCAGUAUUAUCAUUCUGUUCCUAGAAACCAACCGUUGCUUUUCCUCUGUUUGCCCCUCUAUCUGUCCUGUAGGUAUCAUUUUAUGUCCUAGAAACCACCCCGUUACUUUUCCUCUGUUGCUCUUGCCCUCCUAUCUGUCCGUAGGUAUCAUUUUAUGUCCUAGAAACCACCCGUUGCUUUCCUCUGUUCCUCCCCCUCUAUCUGUCCCAAAUCACCCAUUGCUUUCCUCUGUUCCUCUUGCCCUCUCUCUGUCCCGUAGGUAUCAUUUUGUCCUAGAAACCACCGUUCUUUCCUCUUUUCCUCUUGCCCCUCUAUCAUGUCCUGUAGGUAUCAUUUUAUGUCCUAGAAAACCUGUUGCUUUCCUCUAUUCCUCUGUGCCCUCUCUCUGUCUGUCCGUAGGUAUCAUUUUAUGUCCUAGAAACCACCUGUUGCUUUCCUCUGUUUAUCUUGAACUCUCUCUGUCCAAAACCACCGUUGAUUUCCUCCGUUCCCUCUUGCCUCUCUGUCCAUGUAGGUAUCAUUUUAUGUACAAAACCAAACCGUUUUGCUUUCCUCUGUUCCUCUUGCCUCUCUAUAUGUCCCGUAGAAACCACCCAUUGCUUUCCUCUGUUCCUCUUGCCCCUCUAUCUGUCCCUAAACCACCCGUUGCUUUCCUCUGUUCAUCUGCCCUCUCUAUCUGUCCUGUAGAAACCCCUGCCUUUUCUCUGUUCCUCUUGCCCUCUCUCUCUCCAGUAGGUAUCAUUUUAUGUCCUAGAAACCACCCGUUGCUUUCCUCUAUUCCUCUUGCCCUCUCUCUGUCCCAAACCACCCGUUUGCUUUCCUCUCUGUUUCUCUUUGCCCUCUAUCUGUCCUGUAGGUAUCAUUUUAUGUCAGAAACAACCCACGUUCCUUUCCUCUGUUCCCCUUGCCCUCUGUCCCGUAUCAUUUUAUGUCCUAGAAACCACCCAUUUGCUUUCCCUGUUCAUCCUGCCCUCAUCUGUCCCGUAGGUAUCAUUUUAUGUCCUAAACCACCGUUGCUUUCCUGUUGCCCUUUGCCCUCUCUCUGUCCCGUAGUAUCAUUUAUGUUCGAACCACCCUGUUGCUUUCCUCUGUUCCACUUGCCUCUCUCUCUGUGCCGUAUCAUUUUAUGUCCUAGAAACUACCCGUUGCUUUCCUCUAUUCCUCUUGCACUCUCUCUGUCCCGUAUCAUUUUAUGUCCUAGAAACCACCUGUUGCUUUCCUCUAUUCCUCUUGCCCUCUCUCUGUCCCGUAGAAACCAGCCGUUGCUUUCCUCUGUUCCUUUGCCUCUAUUUGUCUCUGUUCCUCUUGACUUUUCCCUGUUAUUUGUCCUCUGUCCCGUAGGUAUCAUUUCAUGUCCUAGAAACCACCUGUUCUUUUCCUCUGUUCCUCUUGCCCUCUCUCUGUCCCAAACCACCAUUUGCUUUCCUCUGUUCCUCUCUGUUCCUCUUGCCCUCUGUCCAGUAGGUAUCAUUUUAUGUCCUAGAAACCACCCGUUGCUUUCCUCUGUUCCUCUUGCCUCUAUCUGUCCCGUAUCAUUUUAUGUCCUAGAAACCACCCCGUUGCUUCCUCUCUCUUCCCCCUCUUGUCUCUAUCUGUCCUGUAGAAACCACCUGUUGCUUUCUCUGUUCCUCUUGCCCUCUCUCUGUCCAGUAGAAACCACCUGUUGCUUUCCUCUGUUCCUCUUGCCCUCUCUGUCCAGUAGGUAUCAUUUUUGUCCUAGAAACCACCUGUUGCUUUCCUCUGUUCCUCUUGCCUCUAUCUGUAGGAAAAACUACCUGUUGCUUUCAUCUAUUCCUCUUGUCCCUCCUCUCUGUCCUGUAGUUAUGUGUCCUAGGUAUCAUUCUUUUGUCCCCAAAAACCACCUGUUGCUUUCCUCUGUUGCUCUUGCCUCUAUCUGUCCCUGUAGGAAAUUUUUAUGUUCUAGAAAACCACCCGUUUCCAUUUUCCUCUGUUCCUCUUUUUCUCUUAUCUGUCCUGUAUCAUUUUAUGUCCUAGAAACCACCUGUUGCUUUCUUCCCCUCUAUUCCUCUGCCCUUCUAUCUGUAACAGGUAGCAUCAUUUUAUGUCCUAAAAGAAACAAAUCCCCGUUGAACUUUCCCUCUGUUCCUCCUGAAACCACCUCUCUCUGUCCCGUAGGUAUCUUCAUUUUAUGUCCCAGAAACCACCGUUGCUUUCCUUCUAUUCCUCUUGCCCUCUCUCUGUCCUGUAGAAACCACCUUGUUGCUUUCCUCUCUUCCCUUCUUGCCUCUCUGUCCCGUAGGUAUCAUUUUUAUGUCCUAAAAACCAGCUGUUGCUUUCCCUCUGUUCCUCUUGCCCUCUCUCUGUCCUGUAGGUAUCAUUUUAUGUCUAGAAACCAGCUGUUGCUUUCCUCUGUUCCUCUUGCCUCUAUCUGUCCUUGUAGGUAUUAUUUUUAUGUCAUAGAAACCUCUUCCUGUUGCUUUCCUCUCUUCCUCUUUUCUCCUGCCCUUUUGUCUAAAUCUAGUUAUUUUCCCCUCUUGUUCCUAAAAAACUUCAAAUCUGUUUCCUUUUAUCUUCCCUUCUUAUUCCUUAAAAUACCCCUUCAUCCCUUUCAUUUAACGGUUAUCUUUUCUUCCUUUCUUUCCCUUCAAACCUAA